AUAUAAAAAAAAAGGAGAAGCAAUAGUUUUUAACUUCAAAUUUUGAAAACUGAAUAAAAGAAAAUAAAAAAAAAAUACUCUUAAAGAAACUACAUAUACCAAGUUUUAGUUCCUCUUUCUGCUUUUUGUUUCGAUUUAAUGGUUUUUUCCUAUUACAUUUUACACACAUAAAUUGACAAAAAUUUUUGUAUCAGAAAGUUAAAAAAAAAAAAAGAUGUCAAUGAUUCGACAAGGAUUGAAUAUAACUGGGAAAGUUAUAAGAAGUAUGAGCGGUUUAACACGACACAGAUUUUCUGAGAAAUUAGAAUGUGCUUUAAAUAAACAAAUAAAUAUGGAAUUGGAAGCCAGUUAUAUUUAUUUAUCAAUGGCGUUUCAUUAUGACAGAGCAGAUGUUGCACUUAAAGGAAUGUAUAAUUAUUUUAAAAAAGCAUCUGACGAAGAAAGGGAUCAUGCUAUGAAAUUCAUGACUUACCUUAAUAAACGAGGUGGAAAACUUGUUUUAGAUAAUAUUAACAAACCGGAAAAUUCUGAAUGGGAUAAUUUAGAAAAAACUAUGACAUAUGCCUUAGAUUUGGAAAAGAAAGUUACUGAUAGUUUAUUAGAAAUGCAUGCUUUGGCUUCUUCCGAAAAUGACGCAGAUUUAGCAGACUUUUUAGAUUCAGAAAUGAUAAAGGAGCAAUACGAAGCUAUAAAGGAAAUAGGAGAAUUGAUAACAAAUAUUCGACGAUGUGGUAAUGGUUUGGGAGAAUUUAUGUUUGACAAAAGUAUGGACGAUGGUACAAAAUGAAAGACUAAGUUGGAUUCGCAAAGACCUUAUAAUAUACAUAACCUCUUUAAAUAUAUGUAUGUAUUUGUUAUAAUAAAAUAUGUAUGCAUGUAAUUGAAAUUAAAAUUUAUUACAAAAUAAAUUUGGUAAUAAAUUUGAAAUGAUACGUAUC